GAUUUUUUUCUGAAAAAGCAGCGAGCCCUAUAAUGGAGAAGACGGCGACGCUUCCAUGGGAUUUGGUGGAAGAGAUCCUCUCUCGUCUCCCUCCUAAACCACUUGUCCGAUUGAGAACCGUUUGCAAACAAUGGAAAACUCUCGUCGACGACAACACUUUCAUCAACAACCACAAGAAGACGUUUCGAUUCAUUUUAGUAACUAAAUCCAAGGUUUAUUCGGUAAGCCUCAAUCCCAAGAUAGAGGUGCGUGAGUUAACCUUAAAUAUCCCCGGCUUAAAAGAUGAGGAACCUAAUGACUUGGUCGAGUGCAAUGGGUUCAUUCUAUGUGGCAUGGCCGAAGGAGCUGUGGUUUGUAACCCGUGGUUAGGACAGACUAGAUGCAUCCAGGGUGGUGUUAACCAAUCUAGUUUUGAAUAUCUUGGCAUAGGUUAUGAUGAUAAUACCAUAAAUAAGAAAAUUGUUUAUAAGACCCUUGCUUCAGACACUAGUCACACUACCACUGUGUGGAAAAUCCAUGACUUUGACACAGAUGAGUGGAAAGACGAAGAAGAAAAACCUGAAACAACGGGUGAAUCGAAUCUGAUAUAUAUACACUCGACAAGAGGUGUAUCGUUGAAUGGAAAUUUGUUUUUUAUUGCUUACGGCUUGACUCGUCCCUCCUUCUUCAUUGUUUUCUACAACUUUCGGAGAGAAAAAAACUACAAUCUUUGUGAUCUACCAUGUGCGCAGAAGGAUCAUAGUGAUACUCUUGUCCUUAGAGUUUAUAGGGGAGAUCGGUUUUCGUUAUUAAAGCAGUGCCAUGUAACAAAGAAGAUACAAAUUUGGGUGGUCAAGGACAAGAUUGAUAUUCGGUCUAGAAUGAAAGUGAAAUGGAGGAUUUUCAUGGAAGUGUCAAUCCCUAACUUGCCGGAUUUAAUACAGAUGCAAUCAUAUUAUCAGCCAAGUUACUUCAUUGACGAUAAAAGGGGUAGUAAAAGGCUCGUUGUGUGUUCUUGCGACGUAGAUGGCCGGGCUUGGAUCUAUGUUGUUGGGGAAAACAAGUUAAUCAGUAAAACACGAUUGGAUUCUGUAGUGGAUCCUUGGCCUUUGCAUUGUACUUGUUUUCCCAGUUUGGUCAUGGUGCCUGGGUGUCAAAGAGAAGAAGGAAAAGCAAAUUUACAAGUUAAUUAUUCAUUCCUUUGGUUUUUUGUUUGGUUGUUUCUGAAGCUAAAGUUCCUUUUUAGCAAAAUAAAGUAUUUUUAGUUUUUCAGGAAUAAUGUUCUUUCGAAGAAUUUGUUAGCUUUCACUUGUUGUUGGACUUUAAGCUUUUGCGAUAGUUUUAAGAUGGUUUUGUUUUGAACUUGCAACAAUAGAGU